AUGAAGCCAAUGCACAAGACAAAAGAAACAAUUAAUGUUGAUGCAGAUGAAACCAACGAGGACGAGAGAACUGAGAGGCGAUUGAAUUGGACGAAGGAUGAGGACAUAAGAUUGGCUGCAUCUUGGUUGCGUAAUUCAAAGGAUCCAGUAGAUGGAACUGAUAGGAGGACAGAUCAAUUUUGGGAGGAUGUUACUAAAGAAUACAAUAAAAGCAUAGAGGUUUGUCGUAGAAGAAACCGGAACCAACUGAAGAUCCGUUGGGAUUGUGUUAAGAAACCAGUAAUGGAUUUCCAUGGGUGCUGGGUUAAAACCAACAAAGUCUACAGAAGUGGUGUGAGUGAUGACCAAUUGAUGGAAAUUGCUGAAAACAUGUAUGCUAAAGACCAUAGUGAUAAAGAUUUCAUGCUAAAGCACUUUUGGAAGGUUGUGCGAAAUGAAAGGAAGUGGUCUGCAUAUGUUAAAAGAGAACAAGAUAAAGAUCAGAACAAGGGUGCAACUAAUAGGCCGGCUGAUGUGGUUAAUUUGGAAGAAAAUCCUAGUAUUCGUCCUAUUGAGCAUAAGAAGGCUAAGGAUGAGCUAUAUGGCAAAAAGAAGACACCUCAAGCGUAUUCUGCUAUUAGUGAGAAGCUAGAUAAGUACAUUGAAGUUAGCACAACAGCUAGGAAGGACCGUGAAAAGAUGUCGGAGACUCAAAAAAUCUUGGCAAAUAGUAAGGUUGAAGCUGCUAGGUUGAAUGAAAUGGCUGCAGAAAAGCAACUGAAAUGUAGAAUGCUAGAGACUUAUAAAGACUUGUUGUUAGCACCAACCAGUAAUCUGAAUGCUCAAGCUUUGGCUGAGAGGGACAAAGCUAUGGAGAGUAUGAGAUUGGCCUUAUUUGCUACAGAAUAUAAUUAA